AUGAAAGCCUCCCUGACCUUGUUGUUUUGAUCGGUGAAAAGCCGUCGAAAUAUGAAAGUAGUCACCUGGUUCUGCGGCUUAUGGUUUUCUGGCCCUAGUCCUCUUUCCGUUCAAUUUUGACUCCAUUCAAUUACCGGUUUAUGUAGUUCUCUUUGUUGCCCACUCUUCUUACUUUUUGAUGUUGGAAGUUUCGUGUAAUAGUAAUGGCCAUAGAGUAAUCGGUUAUAAUGGUGACUGCGUUCAUGUGAACACCCUUAAUGUCAAUUACUACGACGACAAAUCCCAGACUCCCAUCACUAAGAACUUCGGGAAAUACGGGGAAGCUGCACAUCCCAUUUGUAACUUUAGGAGACCACCAUAUCUCCAGUCCACUCCUGAACCUAAAGAAAGGUCCACGAUACUACGUAUAAAGAAGGUCAAAUAACUACAAUUCAGAACGCUAAUUCCUGCCGUAAUUUGACGUGUGAUAAGGAAAACUACAGUGCAUCUUGUGCGGUGUCAGGAAUAUCGAAAAAUUUUCUGGAUUGCUCACCGGAUACAUUCGAAAGCUUGGAUGUGCAGGCUCCUUUGCUUGAUUAUCUUGUCAGACAUCAUGCUAUAAGUGGAGAAUCUAGUCUCGAAAUAAUACGGGCAGAAAAAUGUGAGCGUCCUUUCUUGCUGCUAAGUGCCAUUGGCCUUCCUAUUCAUAAUGGUGGCUUUCGUAGCUCAGGAUCAUCCAACAGUUGUCCAUUCGCCCCACCACAAGGCCUAGCGCUCUUGCUUAACGCAUUACGACAGACGGGUCACCAUGAACUUGCCAGCUACUUGGACUAUAGUAGGCGAAUAAAUCCAUCACCUUCAAUAUGCAAUGGAAUGAGUCUUGGAUACUCUGAACUCCCAGCUAAACGAAGACGUGGACAAAUCUCAUUAUGGGUUCAGCUGUUAGCAAUCAAGGUGUCUCCAUCAUUCUACACACAACUAACUGAACAAAAUUUAAAAAAUAAGGAUGUAAACACUCCUGUGCUACCAUCUCAUGUCCAAAAGUUACAAGAAAACAACACGACUUUUAAUUUCAGUGGUACAGAAAACUGUCAGUUUGAAAACUCUUGCAGAUUACCAUCAUCUCCUGUAUGGAUAGAUCAUACUACUAUAUUCAAAUCGACAGUAGACACUAAACAGUCAAAUACAGAUGAUGUUAAACCAAAGGAAAGAGCUGUCAAAAGGGCUCGCAGUCACUGGGGUAAACUGCUUCUCCCGUUCACGUGUUGCUUCAAAGUAUCUAAGAAAGCGCCUUCAUCACCAAAAACUCAAUCUCGAAACAGCAUUGACAAUCCCUCGAACGCCAAUCAAAUCAACAAUGAGACAAUAUGUAAUACAAAUUCACAGUGCAAUCUUCCCACAGAAACUCCCAGAAUUCCUAUUGUAAAUUGUAAAAGUGACCAGGAUACUCGAACGGCGAGUCGAGCUAUACUGGACACCAAAUCCCUUGAGUUUUAUAACGCGAUCCUUGAAAACAGUUCAACGCUACACGAUGCAGUUGUCAAGUACUUGGAACAAUCCUCAGGUGUCUUGGUACUGGACUAUAAAUUAGGUCAUUUCUCUCGAACUUCCGCUAGUGUUCAUUCUACUUCAGAAUCAGUGCCUGCACUUUGCAUCGUACUUGUUGCUACUCAAUCAGAAAUAAUUAGACGACUAUCUGAAGACUGUAACUUACACUCAUCUAUCAUUGAACCGACAUCAAAGGAAACCGAUAGAUCGCUACAAUCUGACGAAGUUAAAACAAUUCCAGAUAAACUUAUGCUAACUUCUAAACUCGCCGAUGAUCUUGCUACAGUUCUUAUUCGUGCAGGUGUGUUGCAACAACUAGAAUUACAAAAUUUACGCUUAUUGACUACAUUAGAUCCUAAAGAAGUUGAGAUAGCAAUCAAAGAACUUUUAGAUAUGGAAGAAUAAAUUUCAAUCUAAACGAGAGAAGAAAGAAAAAUCAUUGUCUAUAUAUAGAUCAGUUAUUUUGUGUAAAAAAAACUGUGAUAUGUUGUCUCCUUUACAGUUGAUGCGUUGUAAUUAUUAACUAUAGAAAUUUUGUUAUUAUCACUUUUGGGUAAGUCUUCCACAGUUUCAGCAUUUUCACUGAUAUAAAAAACUGCUACACUACAGUCAUUGCAGCCCUUUUUUAUAUACAUCUAUCUUUCUAUCACAGUUACUUUUGGAACUUUCAUUCCUUAUUCUAUUGCUAGUCAUUGCUGCUAUCGUCUUUAAAAGACUUCAAUUGUUAAUAAUACUCUGAAUGCAUUUCAUUUUGUUAAUUCUCAAUUACAUAUUUCUCAAAAAGGCUAGAUAUUAAAAAUUGUUUACGA